GUUGAACUACGGUAGUUUGAAGAGCUGGAGCUAGCUGGAGCGGGCUGCGCGCGCGGUCACGUCUUGGAUUUCAGUUCCAUUUUUCCUCACUGCUGACAUCAACAACUAAUACAUAGACUGCAUAGAAGCCCUACCAUUGGCGGCUGGUGCAUGUAUUUUGGACCGAGGUUGGACAGGGUCAGCUGGCAAAGUGCAUCAUGCAAUACUAGAAUGAUGAUCAACAAUGGAGCACUAGUACUAGUAGUAGAACGGCGCGCUGAAAGAGCGCUGCACACUGGUCCUGCAGUCUCUGAUCAGCACAAUGCAGCUAGCUGCUCUCGAUACGGUUUGCUGUGAUUUGUAUGCUGGUCAUUGACUUACAGCAUUCCAGCAUUCUAAAUUUGCAUAGGUCUUAUGAUGCAGCAUGAACGAGAUUGUUAACUUUUUGCGGGGCCACACCAAAGUGGUGUGUGAUGCUUGAGCAGGUUAGCACAAGCGCAGGGCAUUCUCAGCUGUUCCAUAAGAAUUGGCUGCAGCACUGCUUGCAGCCCUGCCAGAAGCUGAAGCCAGCGCACACCAAUUGCACUCUCAGAAGCCACUUGGGUCCCCCUCCCCUGGACACACCUCCUGCCAUCGUCAUCCACAUGCCAUGUAUCAGAAUCAGCGCCCCUGACAUCGCAACACAGAUUCUCACAACAACUGCAGUCCCACCAGACGUCCAAUCGCACGCAGAGAUGAAGGUCGAAAACCUGCGGAAGCUGGCGCAAGUCAUUAUCAUUCGUCAUGGAGAGAAGGACGAAAAAAACGAUCCGGUUCAUCUUGACGGAGCGGGCAUGGUCAGGGCGGUUAAGCUCCCGGACUUCUUGCUGGAUACGCAAUCGCCUUGGAAGCGGCCUGACGUCAUCUACGCAAUGAAGCAGCACGAUGCGGGCAGCAGCCGGCGACCGCUGGAGACGGUCUUAUCGCUGGCGGACCGCCUCGGCUUGACCGUGAAAGAAGGCAAGGUCAAUGACACAAAGACGUUCUAUAACAACUUCACCAGGAAGGAGUGGGAGAAGUUGGUCGAGUCGAUCUUGGACGGGACCCACGAGGGGAAGACGGUCCUCGUCUGCUGGGAGCACAAGCUCGAAGUUGACAUUGCGAAUCACCUGGGCAUUCCCGUGAAAGGCUGGGGUCUAGACCCUUUCCAAGAAGACGGAGGAAGCAAAAAGGACAUCAAAAAGGCAGAGAACAACUACACCGCGAUCUGGGUUCUCACCCCUGCUGGCAAAGACGUCAGAUUCGACGUUUUCAAAGAGUUUGACGUCGACCCGGACUCGUACGAGCUGACGUACCCAAAGAAGCCUCAAGUCCCCCUCCAUACCAGGAUCUUCAAAGGCGACGACCUUCGGCAAACCAUGAAGCACCCUAAUAAGAGUAGGAAGGCGUACCCCAACGACCACAUUCUGAUCGUCAAAACCGGCGCCCCGGACAAGUUCCUCAACGAGUUUAUAAGGGACGUCCAGAAACCCCUACUGGCGGCGGGCUUUGAACGCGACACCAUCAACUCCCGAGUGCAGCACUGGCGCCUCUUCACCAAGCGCGGCCAGCCAAAGCGCACAUGGGGAGCGUGCUUCGGCUCGCGUAAGGACCGCGAUGCCGCCUGGGAGGAAUACCUCCCCAUCCGCCAGAACGUCAUGGACAAAGGCCUCGUCAUCGAGCACUGCAUCCCAAACCCCAAGGGUGCAACCAAAACAACCGAGGAAACAACCACCGAGCACACGGAGAAUGCUCUGCAGCACACCUGCGCCGCUGCGGAAGCCGCGGCAGCACUACUAGCAUCUCCCGAGGACGCGGCCGAGCCAGGCGACUUGAAGGCCCGUGACCAAAUCGACACCAUUGUGGACCUGCUCUACAAACGCAUCACCAAGGGCAAAAAUGCUGAGGAGUAG